UUUCGAACAACAACUUUAUUAGUACCUGCUGCUAGGCGGAGAAGCGGUAAGCAGGAGAGCGGAGAGGGGACUUAACCGGACUCACGGCCCGCCGUGGACUGAGCCUGCUAAACGGAGAAUCGCAGUGGCCGGACGACGGGGCGUUGAGACAAGCGUAAAGACCGUGGCAACCCAGACUACUGGUGGCGCCGUUAGAAGGGAAAACAAGGCCUUUAAGCAGGGACUAGGGUAGAAGUGGGGGUGGGAGGAAGUGAAGGCAGAAACAGGAAACUACAACUCCCAGGAGGCCGGCGUCCUCGGCCGCGAAGCCUGAUGGGGACAGGUAGUUUUCGGAACAGCUUAAGCUGAGGUUUAAGAGGUUGGAAGUUCUGAGGCCUGGUGCGCCCAGAGCAGAAGAGAGAUGGAACUGGAGCAGAGAGAGGGGACCAUGGCAGCCGUGGGCUUUGACGAGUUCUCAGCGCCGCCGGGCUCGGAGUUGGCGCUGCCUCCCCUUUUCGGUGGUCACAUCCUGGAGAGUGAGCUAGAGACGGAAGUGGAGUUUGUGUCCGGUGGUUUGGGUGGCUCCGGGCUGCGGGAGCGAGAUGAGGAGGAAGAGGCAGCCCGGGGUCGGAGGAGGCGCCAGCGGGAACUAAAUCGCAGAAAGUACCAGGCACUGGGUCGACGCUGCCGGGAGAUCGAGCAGGUGAAUGAGCGGGUCUUGAACAGGCUCCACCAGGUGCAAAGGAUAACGCGGAGACUUCAGCAGGAGCGGAGGUUCCUCAUGAGAGUGCUGGACUCCUACGGGGAUGAUUACCGGGCCAGCCAGUUCACCAUCGUGCUGGAGGACGAGGGCAGCCAGGGCACAGAUGCUCCCACCCCAGGCAAUGCUGAGAAUGAGCCUCCAGAGAAGGAGGGGCUGUCCCCACCCAGAAGGACUCCCAUACCCCCAGAACCCAGCAGCCCGGCCCCUGGUGAGGGGCCCAGCGGGCGUAAGAGGCGGCGAGCGCCACGGGAUGGACGCCGAGCGGGAGCGGCGCUGACCCCAGAGCUGGCCCCAGUGCAGAUUAAGGUCGAGGAAGACUUUGGCUUCGAAGCAGAUGAGGCCCUGGAUUCCAGUUGGGUUUCUCGGGGGCCAGACAAACUGCUGCCCUACCCCACCCUAGCCAGCCCACCCUUUGACUGACCCACCAAUAAACUGCCCCCCACACUCA